GUUUGUUUUGUAGUACUUUUGUUGUGUCUAGUGCUCCUGGCUCCUGCGGGCUGCGGCCUGGGCUUGUCCACCUGUAUUUUAGGGGGCGGAGGGGCGUGGGGGUACGGCCACCCGCACAAGCACAAGAAGCUGCGCUGCAAGCGCGAGCAAACAGCCAAAAAGGAGGAAGGAAAGGGGAGAGAGCAGUUAGCUUGAGCGCGCGCGCGACAGAGUCGAGUCGAGUCGAGGGGGAAUCACCGCCGGAGAAUGGGGAUGAGCAGGGCUCCGCGACGACGGGCGUCCCCAUCCGCGGCGGCGGCUGUGCCUUGGCUGCUUCUCUUCGCCGUUCUAUUCGUGGGCCGGGCGACGGCGCAAGGCCCCGGCGCGACGCCGCUGUCCAAGCACGCGUCGUUCUUCGACCGCAACGGCGACGGCGUCGUCUCCUUCGAGGAGACGUACGGCGCGUUUCGGGCUCUCGGGUUUGGAUUCGGCAUGUCCGGCGUCAGCGCUGCCUUCAUCAAUGGCGCUCUUGGUAGCAAGUGCAGACCUCAAAAUGCAACGUCAUCGAAGUUGGACAUCUACAUUGAGGACAUCUAUAAGGGGAAACAUGGAAGCGAUUCAGGCUCAUAUGACACCGAAGGAAGGUUUGUUCCUGAUAAGUUCGAAGCGAUAUUCGCCAAUCACGCAAAGACUGUCCCUGACGCCCUGACAUCGGACGAGAUCGACCAGCUGCUCCAAGCAAACAGAGAGCCCGGGGACUACACCGGAUGGGCCGGCGCAGAAGCGGAGUGGAAGAUCCUGUACAGCCUCGGCAAGAACCAGAACGGCCUCCUCCACAAGGACGUCGCAAGAAGCGUCUACGACGGGACGCUGUUCCACAGGCUCGCGCCCAACUGGAAACCUCUCGACAAGGAGAGCGUGAUCAGGGAGAACUGAACCGAGAGGACCGUGCCAUCUGCGUUCUCUUGCGUUACUUGUUGGUACAAGCAAAUCCGAUUAAGAUAAGGACUGUGGGCUCUGAACAUGUUGUCAAGCAACUUGUAAAGCGGUGUGAACAAGUGUGUAUAUUAAAUUAUAACUAAGUACAUCAUCACGUUACGAGCACUCUGCAAUAUAAUAUGUAUACCAACUAUUUCUUCAUCUAUUAUAUUUUACUCA